AUGGCAAGAUUACUGGCGUUUCGCCCGCCAUCUAAUUUAGUCGGUAUCGAGAUGACUGACCAUUGGCCAUAUGUUAGCGUUCGAAUACCGGUAGGUGCAUUGACCCCUACUGCGAAAAUAGAGCACCGCAUUUACAUCCAUUCCUUGCAAAAUUCAGCUUUAAAUGUCCGGAAGCCGUUGCAAAUGGGAGAGAAAGAAAGGAAUGAACUUUGUUCAUAUUGUCGUGUUGUCGGAGCAAUCUAUUGUUUCUCUCUUCUAACAGAUGUUCUGAUUAACUACACUUCAACAGUGUCCAUUGGAUUGGAUCUGUUUGUUACCAACACUCAUGCAUACCUCUCUAUCCUGCCCGAGGCAUGUGAUCUCUCUGAACAGAGGAAGGCAAAAGAGGCAGUCAACAACGAUAUGGCAUCGCGGUUGACAUCAUUAUCAGAGCAAUCGUUACCACAAGAUGAUCCAUCCGAUUCUGUACCACUUCUCGUCUCUCGGCAACCCGUCUCUCAAAAUGGACAAAAGUGCUACCGCAUCAAUUAUUGCCUAAUGUCAUGUCAUCUCAUCUAUCAUCAACCAAUUGAAAAUUUCAAGUUGGAAGGGAUAGGGAGAGGAGCAGAAGAGGAGGAGGAGUGGGAAGGAAGAAGAGAUGAUCAGAAGCUUGACGACAGAUGGCCUACUGCUGCUGCUGCGGUUACUGCUGCUGCUGCUGAUUGGUAUUACGGUGGCGUGGCGGUGGUGCUGUGA